CUUUUUAAGCACCUCCCGUCCAGCCUCUGCUCCCGCUCGCUUCGCGGUGCUCGCUCCCUCCCCACCUUCCAUACCUCCCCGGCUCCGCUCGGUUCCCGUGGCCACCCCGCAGCCCCUGCCCAGGUGCCAUGGCCGCUGUGUACCGCCCCGGCCUGCGGCUUAGCUGGCACAGGUGGAGCCCCUGGGGCUGGUCCUCAUGCCGAAGCAUCCAGACCCUUCGAGUGCUCAGUGGCGAUCUGGGCCAGCUGCCUGCUGGGGUUCGAGACUUUGUGGAGCGCAGUGCCCGUCUGUGCCAACCAGAGGGCAUCCACAUCUGUGAUGGGACCGAGGCUGAGAAUGCUGCCACACUGACCCUGCUGGAGCAGCAGGGCCUUAUCCGAAAGCUCCCCAAGUACGAUAACUGCUGGCUGGCCCGCACAGACCCCAAGGAUGUGGCACGAGUAGAGAGCAAGACGGUGAUUGUAACUCCUUCUCAGCGGGACACGGUGCCCCUCCCGGCUGGUGGGGCCCGUGGGCAGCUUGGCAACUGGAUGUCCCCAGCUGAGUUCCAGCGAGCCGUGGACGAGCGGUUUCCAGGCUGCAUGCAGGGGCGUACCAUGUAUGUACUUCCAUUCAGCAUGGGUCCUGUGGGCUCCCCGCUGUCCCGUAUUGGGGUGCAGCUCACCGACUCAGCCUAUGUGGUGGCAAGCAUGCGCAUUAUGACCCGGCUGGGGACACCAGUGCUUCAAGCCCUGGGAGAUGGCGACUUUGUCAAGUGUCUGCACUCUGUGGGCCAGCCCCUGACUGGACAAGGGGAGCCGGUGAGCCAGUGGCCAUGCAACCCAGAGAAAACCCUGAUUGGCCACGUGCCCGACCAGCGGGAGAUCGUCUCCUUCGGCAGCGGCUAUGGUGGCAACUCCCUGCUGGGCAAGAAGUGCUUUGCCCUGCGCAUCGCCUCUCGGCUGGCCCGAGAUGAGGGCUGGCUGGCGGAGCACAUGCUGAUCCUGGGUAUCACCAACCCUGCAGGGAAGAAGCGCUACGUGGCAGCCGCCUUCCCCAGUGCCUGUGGCAAGACGAACUUGGCCAUGAUGCGGCCCACACUGCCCGGCUGGAAAGUGGAGUGUGUGGGAGAUGACAUCGCCUGGAUGAGGUUUGACAGCGAAGGCCGACUCCGGGCCAUCAACCCUGAGAAUGGCUUCUUUGGGGUGGCCCCAGGCACCUCUGCUACCACCAAUCCCAAUGCCAUGGCCACAGUCCAGAGCAACACUCUUUUCACCAACGUGGCAGAGACCAGCGAUGGUGGUGUGUACUGGGAGGGCAUUGACCAGCCUCUUCCACCUGGUGUCACCGUGACCUCCUGGCUGGGCAAACCCUGGAAACCUGGUGACAAGGAGCCCUGUGCACAUCCCAACUCUCGCUUUUGUGCCCCGGCUCGCCAGUGCCCUAUCAUGGACCCAGCCUGGGAGGCUCCAGAGGGUGUCCCAAUUGAGGCUAUCAUCUUCGGAGGCCGCAGACCCAAAGGGGUACCCCUGGUGUAUGAGGCCUUCAACUGGCGUCACGGGGUGUUUGUGGGCAGCGCCAUGCGCUCCGAGUCCACUGCUGCAGCUGAACACAAAGGGAAGGUCAUCAUGCAUGACCCAUUUGCCAUGCGGCCCUUUUUUGGCUACAACUUUGGGCGCUACUUGGAACACUGGCUGAGCAUGGAGGAACGCAAGGGGGCCCGGCUGCCCCGCAUUUUCCAUGUCAACUGGUUCCGGCGAGACGAGGCAGGCCGCUUCCUGUGGCCAGGCUUUGGGGAGAAUGCUCGGGUGCUAGACUGGAUCUGCCGGCGGUUAGAAGGGGAGGACAGUGCCCGAGAGACACCCAUCGGGCUAGUGCCAAAGGAAGGAGCCUUGGAUCUCAGUGGUCUUGGAGCCAUUGACACCACUCAGCUAUUCUCGCUCCCCAAGGACUUCUGGGAACAGGAGGUUCGUGACAUUCGCAGCUACCUGACAGAGCAGGUCAACCAGGAUCUGCCCAAGGAGGUGCUGGCUGAGCUGGAAGCCCUGGAGGGACGUGUGCACAGAAUGUGACCCAAGGCCCCAGACAAGCAAGAGUGCAUAGCACCCCACCUGAGAAUAGAGGAGACACCAGGCUUGCAGCUAACAGGAGCCAUCUGAUAUCAGCUAACGUUUUCUGGGUGCCAUGAGACCAGGCCACAGACCUUCCCCCACACACUGUCCAAUAAUAAGAGAUGCUUGUUUAUUUUACACAA